AGUCUUCAAAGAUAGCCACACAAGCACCAAGUAGCAGUCUGCAAACAUGAAGAAGCUGCGCGCAGGAUUCUUGAAGAGAACACACAGCAGCGAUGCGACGACUGCGCGCACAAGCAGAGCGCCCACCGACGACUCUCCAGAAUCCAAUGCGACAAGAGCCAUUCGCCAGUUCUGCGAAGCGCCCAGCGACAACAGUGGAGAAGAAGUGCUGCACCUACCCGUCAUCGUCGAAGCCGCCGAGUCGUCACCACAAGCUGCAGCCGCCGCCGCCCACCAGCUCCGAAAAUGCCUCGACAAGGACAACAAGUCUCGAGUACAAUACAACGCCAUCAUGUUGAUCCGCAUCCUCGCCGACAAUCCCGGUCCCUCGUUCACCCGCAACAUAGACACCAAAUUCGUCUCGACCGUCAAGGACAUUGUCAAGCACGGAAAGGACCCGAGCGUGCAGCAGAUGAUGAGAGAAACGCUCGACUCGUUGGAAGCCGAAAAGAGUCAUGACCACGGACUGUACGACUUGCUGGCCAUGUGGCGUCAAGUCAAGGGACACGGAGCUCGCAUCCUGCCACAAGGCGCAUACCGACAGAAUGCUCCACCACUUCCACCACUUCCACUACACCCACAUUCCCACUCCGCCCAGCCUGGAGUGCUGCCGACACCGCAAGAGCUGGCCUCGCGUGUCGAAGAAGCCCGCAACACGGCCAAGAUCCUGCUGCAACUACUCCAGAGCACGCCGGCAGAUCAAGUCAUGAACACCGAGCUGAUCAAGGAGUUCUCGGACCGCUGCCAGUCGGCUCAGCGCAGCAUGCAGGAAUACAUCAACUGCAACUCGCCCCCUCCCGACGACGACACGCUGCAGACGCUCAUCGAGACCAACGAACAACUGAGUCUGGCCAUCAGCAGGCACCAACGUGCCGUCCUCCAAGCCCGACGAGCCCUCGGCCAGUCACCCUCUCCCGCCCUCGGCCCAAACAAUCCCUUUGCUCCUCCACCGCCGCAAGCGCAACCCGCUGUCCAGCAAAGCUCCCUACAACCCGCCUCCCAGCCCUACGCCACAGACCCUCAUACUGCCAACUCUCCCGUCUCGCCCGUCAACGGCGUCUUCUCCGCGCCUCCUCCUCCUGGUCCACCUCCAGGCCACCCUUCUGCUCCAGCACUCGCCCCGAACAACCCCUUCGCCGAUCCUUCGGACUCUCGGCAUAACCAUGACUUCGACUACACAGACUAUCCACAAGAGCGACGCAACUACGGUCCGAGUCUGGACACAAACCCGCGGCCCGCGUAUGGCGGCGUGACUGAGAGCUACAUGGGUCGGCAGUACAGUGCCGCCAACGGUCUCAGCAUGCAUGGCGGACUUGACACGACAAUUACUGAGGAAGUGAGUCCUGUCGAGCAACACCACACUCAAAGGGAGGUUAGAUACAGGUACUGAGCCAUGACUGGGCCACUUGGUCCGCUUGGACAUGUCUUUUGGUCACUAUUUAGCAAACUUCCUUUAACAAGUUGAUACCAUGUCCGCCAUUUGCGCAUUGACGAGACGGUAAUUCUGUUCAUCAGCCCAUGUUUUUGACGCGUGGUAGAGCUUGGUGAGAAAUCGUAUACAUUUUGCUUGUGAGCGAGAGCGCGACUUUCUUGCCGAGCAAAAAUGUGGAUUCGAGCUGACGCGCCUAGAUCAGCCAAUCUUCUCGGCACAGGCAGCUGCUUCUUACAUCCUUCUGGCACA